AUGGGGGACCUGUUUAUGCUCAGGGUAGCUGUGGGCAUAUGCUUUGCCACCUUCACUGCCUCCGCCUGGUCAGUGAACAAUUUCCUGGUAACAGGUCCCAAGGCCUAUCUGACCUACACGACCAGUGUGGCCCUGGGAGCCCAGAGUGGCAUUGAGGAGUGUAAGUUCCAAUUUGCUUGGGAACGCUGGAACUGCCCAGAAAAUGCUCUCCAGCUCUCCACUCACAACAGGCUGAGAAGUGCCACCAGGGAGACUUCCUUCAUUCAUGCCAUCAGCUCUGCGGGAGUCAUGUACACCAUCACCAAGAACUGUAGCAUGGGCGACUUUGAAAACUGUGGCUGUGAUGAGUCAAAAAAUGGAAAAACAGGAGGUCAUGGCUGGAUCUGGGGAGGCUGCAGCGACAAUGUGGAAUUUGGGGAAAGGAUCUCCAAACUCUUUGUGGACAGCCUGGAAAAGGGAAAGGAUGCUAGAGCCCUGAUGAAUCUUCACAACAACAGGGCAGGCAGGCUGGCAGUGAGAGCCAUCAUGAGAAGGACCUGCAAAUGCCAUGGCAUCUCCGGGAGUUGCAGCAUCCAGACAUGCUGGCUGCAGCUGGCUGACUUCAGGGAGAUGGGGGACUACCUGAAGGCCAAGUAUGACCGGGCCCUGAAAAUUGAGAUGGAUAAGCGGCAGCUGAGGGCGGGCAACAGCGCUGAGGGCCGCUGGGCACCCACGGAGGCCUUCCUUCCCAGCGCAGAGGCUGAGCUGAUCUUUUUAGAGGAAUCGCCAGACUACUGUACCCGCAACUCCAGCCUGGGCGUCUCUGGCACAGAAGGUCGGGAGUGUCUGCAGAACAACCACACCGCGUCUCGGUGGGAGCAACGCAGCUGCGGGCGCUUGUGCACCGAGUGUGGCCUGCAGGUGGAGGAGAGAAGAGCCGAGGCUCUCAGCAGCUGCAACUGCAAAUUCCAGUGGUGCUGCACGGUCCGGUGUGAGCAGUGCAGGCACGUGGUGAACAAGUACUACUGCUCACGCCCCCCAGGCAGCGCGUGGUCCGGGGGCGGAGCCAGGGCCUGA